AUGACGUCAGACGGCUCUUCAGAAAAUACGGCAAGAAUAGACAUAUCCAACUCUAAAGACUAUGAAAAACGAGUUGAUCCAGAGGAAGAACUCUUCCCACCAAAAGAGGCUCUCGAUGAUCAUGACCCAAAUACAGAUGGUGGGUAUGCGUGGGUCGUUUGUGCCGCGUGUGUUCUUUUCAACUUUUGUACAUGGGGUAUGAAUUCAGGAUUCGCCAUAUAUUUUGCAUACUACAUAUCACAUCUGACGUUUGAAGGAGCGGAUAAGCUAGAUUACAGUUAUAUUGGAGGUAUUGCAUUUGGGGUGGGCCUCUUUUGCUCUCCGUUGAUUACUGUGUGCAUGGGACUUUUUGGAUUUCGAAACGUUUUAAUAGUGGGAAACUGUCUUCAGUUUACAGCCUUGAUGUUGGCAAGCUGGUCUACAAAGCUAUGGCAGUUGUACUUGACCCAAGGCUUGAUGCAAAGUUUUGGUCUUGCAUUUCUCUCGAUUCCAUCCAUUACUUUGCUACCCCAAUGGUUCAAAAAGAGAAGAGUUUUAGCCGGCGGCAUAGCAGCAGCAGGAUCGGGUAUGGGUGGAGUUGUUUUCAAUUUGGGGAUGCAAAAAGUAGUUAAUCAUUCAGGGGUGCAUUGGGCAUUGCGUGCACAAAGUAUAAUUGGGUUUGGCUUAACGUGGAUUGCAAUCUUGCUAGCUAAAAGCAAGGCCUCGAAGCAUAACAUUGAGUUCAAAUUUAUAGACCCAACAGUGUUCAAAUCAGCGGGCUUCUACUUGGUCGUGCUUUUUGUAUUGACAUGUAUAUUUGGCUACGUCAUUGUUUUGUACACACUUGCUAAUUUCACACAAAGUUUAGGUUACAGUGAACAUCAAGGUGCUAUAGUAUCGGCAAUGGUUCAGGUGGGGUCAUUCUUUGGUAGACCAGUUGUUGGGUACUUGUCAGAUAAGGUUGGUGCUGCUUCGGUGGCCACUGUUGCGUAUUACGUUGUUGGAAUAUUUUGUUUGGCAAUGUGGAUACCAGCACGAAACUAUGCCACCGUUGUUGUGUUUGCCCUUAUUGAGGGUGCUUUGAUGGGAAGUAUCUAUGCCAUUAUUGCUCCAUUAAUGGCCCGACUCUUUGGGUUGCGAAAAAUGAACGUGGUGUUUGGAAAAGUGUGGAGCAUCAUGGGGGUUGCUGGUAUAUUCUCACCCGUGAUCGGAGUCAAGCUUGUGAGAGGAAAUGGAAACACAGUUGAUCCUUCAAGCUACCGAAAUUGUUCAAUUUUCACUGGUGUCAUGUUUUUAGCUUGUGCAACCACAAUGUUGAUAAUAAGAGGUUAUUUGAAGGCCAGGGACGAGAUCAUAAACAAGGAUGGAGAGGUAGAUACAGACCAAGUGGACAUCACACAAGUUUCAGUACCAUUUUUUGACGUGUUUACGCACGUGUUCACAAUAGGUGGAGGCAAAGCAUAG